AUGGUCACGAAUAUGUCGCACGGCGAGUACAGAUCUCUACCAUUGCUUCGAAGUCCGCUUCUAGGCCGACAAGAGCCGCACAAGAAUAGGAAAGAUGACGAGGACCUCGAAUUGAAGCCCCUGCAUGAAUCGCACGACGAGGCGAAUACUCAAUCUGUGCAAGACAGUGCAGAAUUCCACCGACACGCGGAGACCACCAAUGCAGAGUUAUUUUACGACCUUUUCCUUGUCGCCAACUUUGCAGUCUUCACCAAUGUUCACGAAGUGAACGAUGGCAGAGCCUUGAAGCAGUAUGUUGGAUUCUUCACAAUCCUUUGGUAAGUGGCCAACGGAGACCGGUUUUGGAGGGGGUGUGCCUCGUGGGAGCAAUGCAGCUGACGACCUCAAGGUUCACCUGGUACCAAGUCAGCCUGUAUGACGUUCGGUUUGCAAUGGAUUCGGUCUUUGAGCGCGCCGCCCGUGCUCUGCAAUUUAUGGUCAUGAUAUCACUGGCCAUAGUUGGUCCAAAAUUCGACGUUGGUCAGAGAGCAAGGCCAGGGAACGAAGGGCAAGCUCCGUCACUGCCAUACUUCCAAGCCCUCACGAUCGCGCUUAUGAUCAGUCGACUGGUGCUUGUGGCACAGUACCUACAGGCGAUGUGGUUCACAAGAGGAUACAAGAAGACCAAACUACCCAUGCUCCUGGUGGCAUCGACAUACUUCGCCGCAGCCAUGGUAUACCUUGGACUCUUCUGGACUUUCCACCAGGUCAAUAGGAAAGGGGGAAAUAUCUCGUACAUCACUUGGUACUUCGUCGCCAUCCUCGAGACCAUAAUCGCUACUACCGUGUCGUCCGUCUGGAGGAAUAUUAGCUUCAAGGGAACCCAUCUCGUUCAACGUAUGUCGCUACUGACGCUCAUCAUCCUGGGCGAAGGCGUGAUGGGCGUAGCGAAGAAGUGCCAGAUGAUCGUCAAGAGCGACAACGGCCUCGAAUUCAGCGCUUCGACCAUCGGAAACGUCAUCUGUGCCGUCCUGAUACUCUAUUUCAUCUACAUGAUCUACUUCGACUGGCUGGAAGACGAGCAUUUCGGUUCCAUUCGACAGCAGAUCUGGUCGUUCCUCCACUUUCCAUUGCAUGUUGCACUGGUCUUGGCGGUCGAAGGGGUUGCGCAGUGUAUUACAUGGCGUGUAAGUGAUUUCCGGAACCCCCUUUUUCUGCGGCGGCGGAGAGCUUCGAAGACUUGUAGUUGAUGACCCAUCGACCACAGGCUGCAGUCGAGCGCACCGAUCAACUACACGACCAGUACUCCCUCUGGCAAACCCUCACCCCAACAUCGCCCGCCUCGGCGUUCGACGACAUCGCCAACCAAAUCAACGAAACCGCAACAGACAUCAUCUACCGCGGCCUGUACAUCACCAACGACCUGCACGAAACGCUCGAGGGUUUCAACAAUCUCGCAAACGCCUUCAACGCGACCUCCAUCAUCGCCAACGGCACCAACGAUUACCCGCUCUCGCGAGAAGCCGUCGACUGGGUCUACUUUACCCUGACCAAGACCAUCUUUAGCAUCGCCGGCUUCUCGGCUCCCGACGAGGACAGCGCGGAGGCGAAACUCCACGAGACCGAAGUCGUCGAUUUCGCGGACCAACACGCCGCAGCGGAAGCGGCGGAGGCGACGGAGAAGUCGGCAAAUGUCUUCUUCUUGACAUAUGUGAGUCUAUGCCUGCCUCCCCGACUCGAGAGGGAUCUCGAUUGUAAGAGAGUCUGGGGCCCCAAAAAAAAAAAAAAAAUUCAACUGACAUGGAGGACCCAAGGCAUACUUCUUCAUCUCGAUCGGAAUCGUAGUGAUUCUCUGCUGUCUCAUAGCGGCGCUGAGCCAGCGGAGGAAGCGAUGGUAUCACUGGAUCCGGCUGGGACUGAGCACCCUGGUGGGGUUUGGGCUGUGCCUGCUCACGGCGAUGGAGGCGGAAGGGCAGGGACCCGGAGCGAGCUUCAUCCUCAGUCCGUGGUUGCUACCGACCGUGACGCUGUGCUUGUUGAUCGGUAAGUCUCCACUCCCACAUAUCGUUCGCAACGGAUUUUUUUUCGCAGCGCUAAUGGUUGCGUAGUGGUCGUGUUGAAUAAUGUGAAACAAACUCAUCCGGACGUAAUCAAAGGGAAGAAGGGCAGGAAAGAGGCGAGCGCCAAGGGAUAG